GGGCCAUACUGUUGUUGACAAAUGUCAACAGUCGUGUACAUGCCGCGCUGGGAAGAUGAAGAACUGUUACCGAGUGAGAGGAGAAUUCACUCACAUCCCCAAGAAAGAACGUCUUCGUUACUUACAAGCUGUACUCGCCAUCUCCACUCAGGCGCAAUACAAGAAAAGAUAUGAAGCAUUACUAGAGAUACACAGGAAAUAUUUCCGCACCCCUAUCCAUAAGGCACCCAAUUUCCUCCCUUGGCACCGUUGGUUCCUUUUACAGUACGAAAAUCUCUUACGUGAGGUAAUAAUAGCAUCAGAGUUUUUUUACGAAAUUGGUCUUUUGUCAUAUUUGAAAGUAUGAUUGGACCGAUAUGGGAUGUUCCUUAUCUUACCACCAAGCGAGGAUAGAUUGGGGGGAAUUUAUAACUAAUAGAAUAACGCUAUAGCAACUUAAAUUAAUCACUUAAACCAAUUUUUCUUUCUUUAAUUUGUCGUUCAAACAAUUGCAAGAAAAACUGUCUACUUGAAUUCGCAGGGUGAUUCUACACCUCUCCGUUGACAUGUUUACCUUUGAUCGCUAAUGUUCUUAAAUUAUAUUAGUUCAAUGUUGCCUCCUGCUUAGUCGAGUGCAAGGCUCACAGAGGGAAGAAUAAUGGGCCUGCAAGGAAGACCAAAAGCUUUGUAAAACGCCCUCUUAAAAUACGCACCAUUCGCUCGUCAAUUGUCAAAAAAGAACCAAUGACAGCAACCCAAAUAGUAAACGAACUCGUAUUAAAAUGUUGCGGGGUUUUCUCUGCAAAUUCAGAAUAGAAACAAUGUGUAAAUGCUGCAUUCCGAAAAAGCAAGCAAACCAGAAUGUAUUUCAGUUAUUUAAUUUGGUAAAAGAAAAAGAGAGAGUCCAGAUCAUUUUAAACGGCAAUUAUUGGCGUCUUCUGUUUCGCCCUCUCAGAGAAGCCCUGCAAAUUGCAGAGUGUUUCGAAUAGGCUUACAUGCAACUGCCUCUAAAUCUUCACCGCAAAAAGCGCUGUUUUCUUCAGUGCAAGAACAGAGUCAACAUCAACCAAAAGAUCGUUUUCUUGAGGAACAUAUAUACGUAUCAAAUGAAAUUAAUGAAACAAGUCAAUUGAGUAAUCGUUUUGUGAAACAUUCUUUCGUUCAUGACCGCAAUAUGAGAAAUUAGAACAGGUUGAAUAUUCAAGGUUACAGAUCAGCUCCCGGACAGGACACGUGUUUACAUACAUGGGCUAUUAGCCGAUAUAACUCAUUACCAAGGCUUACAGCCUUCAUGCAUUUAAGAAGAAACUGAGGAAAUUCCUUGAUAAAAUCACUUAUUUGCUCCCAGGUUUUUAUAUCUAGUUAUUUAUACACAUAUUUAUUUAUUGUAAAUUAGUUCUGAAAAACCCUUUCUGAGUUCUAAUAAAGUUAAAAGUUAAGGCUAAAGUUAUCGUAACUAUAAGUUAAUUAAAGUUAUGUUAAAGUUAUGCUAACCAGAGACGUCAGGUUCUUGGUAGCGGGCGUGCAUCCUCAACCCUAUCAAGGCUGUACACAUGCUAGGUUCUUGAAUAUUGCGAGAACCUACUGUGCUACCCGUGUAUAUAUACCAACCGUGAUAGCGUGAUUUAUCUGGCCAUCAUUUGAUGUGCACGAAGUUCCUUCCCAACCGAAGUUCCUUGACAUUGUCUCUAAAGACUGGUGUACGCUAUCGAAACUCUAUGAUCACAGUAGGAAUUUUUCAUAUGCAAAUUCUACAUUUUCAAGAAUUUGUAAGAUACUUUUCAGAGAACUGACUCACCGUUUAACAUUGAUUCAGUUCCCUUUAAAACCUGUUACAAAUUCUUUAAAACGUAUAAUUUAUCUAUGCGAAAUUCCUACUGUGAUCGCAGAAAAUUUGAUAGUGUAACCCAGACUUAAAUAUACCUAAUCUUACUCCCUAGGUAGACUGCAAAGUAACCGUGCCUUAUUGGGACUGGUCACUAGUCGCAGCAGACCCUUUCAACAGCGACUUCUGGAACGACGCCUACGGCUUUGGUGGAAACGGUAUUGGGUUCCCCCCGUGCGUACGCACCGGACUAUUUGGCGUUCUUAACAACUGGACGAUCCCUUACGGGGGGUGCCUUCAACGAAAUUUUAUACCAACUCAAGGCGUGAUUCCAAAUGUGGUAGCCGUUUUUCAAACAUUGGCCAAAAAUUUAACGAGCUUUUCCGAUUUUGAAUUGAUGUUACGAGUCAACCUACAUGAUGUGGUCCAUUUUGCUAUCGGCGCCGUGAUGAUUGGCGAAAACAGUGCGGCAGCUCCCGAGUUCUUCCCUGUUCACUCCUUCGUAGAUAAAACCUGGGACGAAUGGCAAGCCAAAGGCAAUUUGUAUCGCUUCCACAAAUCUUAUUUGGCGCAGAAUUAUACUAUGCCCGGAACGAGUGUUAUGAGUGCAGACUUCUUAAAUAAUGAAGCAUUACCAGAGUGUGUGAAAGUCAAGUACGCGCAACCGACAUUAGGAAACUGGGAAGGACUUAUUAAGGAUUUGAAAAGAAUGGCAGGUAAGGUGUAGCAGAUUCAAGCUGCUGUUCGGAUGAUGUAUAUUAGGAGGUACUAGCUAGGCUACUCAGGGGCAUGCAAGCUUUCAUAAAAGCAUCCCCAUAUAUCCACUGGCCAACAACAGGCCUUUCAAAACAAACAAUUCGUGUCUAAUCACAGCCAACAAUAGCACUGAAACAUGUAAGGUGCCAUUGUUAUAAUAAGACUGGUUUUAAACCCACCUUAGCUUAUUUCUUAUUAUAUUUCAUUUUACGAGUAAAAUAAUUUUCAGGAUUCGUAUUUUGGCAUCACAGAAACAGUUUCCUUCUCGAUUAUGGCCCAUGCAUGUUCUCUGCAAAAUGUUUCGUCCUCCUUUUCUUCGGCGCCUCUUUCAUUCCCCAUGGUUUCUGCGUCCUUCACGCCCAACGUAAUCUAGGAUUGUCCCAUACUGGGACAAUCCGACAACACCCUUUCCGGUGUACUAAAAUAAACGGAUUCGAGCUUAGAAUUGUACAUGGUAUAUCUAUACGAAAAAAGGAAAUCUAGUUCCAACUGCCACUUGUAGUUCAAAAAUCUUAACCUUUUAAAUAUUUUCAUCAUUUAGAGAGAAAUCCAAACGAGCUACAAAACUUACCACGCAUGUCAAUGGCGAAAAUCAACGAGAAAACUUUCGAGGCUUUCCACGUGACCAAGGAGGAGAGACAGCGUGCACGGAGACUGGAACGAGACAUUGAGACGAAAUACCCAAUUGAUAAGACACAGCUAGUGGGAAUGGAAAAGAUGAUCGGAAUUAGAGCUGUAGAUAUUAAGUAUAUGAUGGAUAAGGAUAAGACGAUCAGUGUAUAGAUAAACUACUGUAUAUCUGACCUUUAUUAACUAUGUGACGACUUGUAGCUAUUUUAAUUUUAGUAUAAUUCUGUGUUUGAACAAUUGGACCAUAAAGCUUAGUAAUAUUUAAAAUUAUUAAUAACUACGUUUCGGAGUAUAAAUCCAUCUUCAAGCUAAAAGUGUAGGCUAAAGAUAUAAAAACUUUCAAAACCGUAACGAAUUUAGACAAAAUCAGUUAGGAUUGCAUGUAUAUUUGCUGACGUGCGCUUCAAACUAACUAUUUUAAUUUUGGAACGGCACAGCAAUGACUUUCAUAAAUGUUUCUUAGCUGUAAUAUAAGGAACAAUAUUUUUAUAAUCUUAACAGUAAAGGAAGAAAUAUUUCCUUUCAAAUUAUACAGGAUGUGAUUCUACAAAUGAUACUUUCAUAAAAACAGACCACCGAAACGAAAAACCAUUAAAAUUUAGCAUAACAAAUCGCCAGUUGUAUAUAUUUAGUUUUAAGUGGAUACUUCGACAACAGCAUUACAGACUAGCGUUCCUUGCAUGGUAUUCUAAUUCAACGGAUUUUGUUGUCAAACUGGUAGACAUAUUAUUUGGGGUUUAAAUUUUUAAAAUAUUCUAUUUAUAAAGCACAAAAAUGUUUCCUCGUAAAAUACUGGGUUAGUUUGCAUCAGGUUAUAGCCCAUGUGGCGCGAAUGACGACAGCUUUUUGCAUUGCCGUUCCAUCAUAAAAAGUUCGUUUGCCCUCUAUAUCAACAGACCGUUGUAUUUCGAUUUUCAACUUGUAUUUUAUUUACUAUGUAAAAAUUGAAAACAUGGAAAGUUCUAUGUUUUUUAGUCUUUGUCGCUCGUAUUCUAAAAGCUCACUCACACUCAUACUCAAUGAGUGGAAGCAGUGGCGCCUAAAUUACUUUGAAUUUGUACUCGAGUAAAAG